GGCAUAUUCCAUUCGUCUUUGGCUUCCCUAUCUUCUUGUUCACAGGUUGUUCGCUCGCCUCAUUCAUAUUCCUCCUCUCUUUCUCUCUCUCUCCAAACGCCGAUGGCGGAAGCGAACGGGAAGGCGGUGGAUCUGAAAACCAACUUCCUGCAGAUCUACUCCCGGCUCAAAUCCGACAUCCUCGAUGAUCCAGCCUUCAGCUUCACCGAAGAUUCUCGGCAAUGGAUCGAUAGGAUGCUGGACUACAAUGUACCAGGAGGGAAGCUCAACCGUGGUAUCUCCGUUGUUGAUAGCUAUGAAAUUCUUAAAGAAGGCCAACUCAGCGAUGAUGAGUUUUUUUGUGCAGGUGUACUUGGUUGGUGUGUUGAAUGGCUUCAGGCAUAUUUUCUUGUUCUUGAUGAUAUAAUGGACAAUUCUCACACCAGGCGUGGUCAGCCUUGCUGGUUUAGAUUACCUAAGGUUGGUAUUAUUGCUGCAAAUGAUGGGAUUAUACUUCGUAACCACAUCCCUAGGAUUCUCAAUCGUCAUUUCAGGGAUAAAACUUACUAUGUUCAUCUACUAGACCUGUUCAACGAGGUCGAAUUCCAGACAGCUUCAGGUCAGAUGCUGGAUCUGAUUACUACUCAUGAAGGAGAGAAGGAUCUCUCCAAAUAUAAAAUGCCUGUGUACAAUCGCAUUGUUCAGUACAAGACAGCAUAUUAUUCAUUUUAUCUUCCUGUUGCAUGUGCCUUGUUAAUGGCUGGUGAAACUUUGGACAAUUAUGUUGAUGCCAAAAGAGUUCUUGUGGAGAUGGGAACGUACUUUCAAGUACAGGAUGACUACUUAGACUGCUUUGGUGAUCCUGAAUUCAUUGGAAAGAUUGGAACUGACAUUGAAGAUUUUAAAUGCUCUUGGCUUGUUGUAAAAGCACUUGAAAUAGCCGAUGAAAACCAACUGAAAAUUUUGGAAGAGAACUAUGGCAAGUCUGAUCCAGCUUGUGUAACAAAAGUCAAAUCCCUUUAUAAUGACCUCAAUCUACGGGCGAUAUUUUCCGAGUACGAGCGGACGAGCUACGAGCAGCUAAUCUCUGCCAUAGAAGCUCAGCCAAGCAAACAAGUUCAGGAGGUACUCAAGUCUUUCCUGCAUAAGAUCUACAAAAGGCAGAAGUAGAAUUCUAUAUGCCUGCUCGUUAAAGAUAAUAGUGCUCCAGCUACGCAAAACCAUCUCACUUUAUUCUUGUUUUUAGGCUUUCAUUGUCUUUUUUCAUCUAUGUUUAGGCUUUUGUUUGGGAUGGUUUUUGCACUGCCUCUUAAAACAAUUUUUUAGUAUAAAAAUUAAAAUUUUUGUACUAAAAAAUUACUUUAAAAAACAGUAAGAAAGUCGUCCCAAAUGAAAUCUUAAUAUCUUAGAAGUCUCCGAUGAGACACUAGAAUUUUAUUUGUAUCAUUAUGUAUUCCCCUCAUACAUUCGUUUGUAUAAUUUUAUCUUUAGAUCCCUGGUUUGAUUUUUGGACAAUCUUCCAUGUAUAAAUAUUUUCUUCUAGUUGAUGGGUUGUUUCAGAGUUAA